UUUCUUUAGAAGGAGCACUAGGAAUUUUUCUUCAAAGAACCAAACCACAUUAUAGAACAAUAAGCGUUCCUAGAACCUCCUUACUACAAAAAGCGGACGCCAUGACAGAAGAAACCCCAUCAUAUCAUAAUUCAUAUUCAUAGUUUCAAAUACACAAUUAAAUUGACUCCAAAAAAAUGAGUACGAACAACCAUCUAAACCAUAGUUUGAUCCUAACCGUUUUGCUACUCAUAGCAUUUGCAACGAAGACUGAGCAAUCAAAUCAGAUUCCAGCACUGUAUGUGUUCGGUGAUUCGUUUGUUGAGUGUGGUAACAACCACUAUGUGCCAGGAGCGGAUCUGCGAAAUUUCUUUCCUUAUGGCAUAGAUUUCGGCACACCCACUGGUCGCUGCACUAAUGGCAAAACUGUUGCUGAUUUACUUGCUAUAUACCUUGGUCUGCCUUUUGCCCCUGCGUACUUGGGACUUUCAAGUAAAGGAAACAGAGUCAUAACUACAGGCAUAAAUUACGCAUCGGGGGGUUCUGGAAUUUUGCCAGACACCAAUAAUAAAACUUCAUUGAUAAUGGACGAACAAAUAAGGGGAUUCGAGAGGACAGUUAAGGAGAUUUUGCCAAAGGGGUUAGGUGAAGAAGCAGUGGAGAAGCAUGUAUCUGAAUCCUUGUUUUUGGUAUCUUCGGGUGUGAAUGAUCACUUCAAAAACAGAACAUUUCGUGGUAGUAGGAAAUUUGCUUCCUACCUCAUAAAUGAAUUCAAAAUACGCUUGCAGAUACUUCAUAGCCUAGGAGCAAGAAAAUUCUUUGUGAACAAUGUUCCUCCAGCAGGGUGCUUUCCAUCAAUGACUCUGCACUUAAAACCAAUAGGAAAGUGUAGUGAGAAGAUGAACAAACGGAUCUCCUUUUACAAUAAGAAAUUGCUUAUUUUACUCCAUGAAUUGCAGACUCAGCUUCCGGGUUUUACCUUUGUCUAUUCAGAUCUCAACAAGAGCAUCAUGGAGAUAAGACAAAACCCACAUAAAUAUGGUAAUAAGAACAAAGUCACAUGUCUUUUGUUUUCCCUUUUUAGAAAAUAUUCUUUGGUUUUCUUUCAAUUUUUGCUAAGUUUUGUUUGGUAAUAAACUGUUGUUAUU